GCAUAAACACGCAUAUGAAAGCUAUAUUAGUUACAUCGAUUUAAAUUUUAUCGGCAUAAACUGAUAUUUUAUAUUUAUUUUUUGAAUAAAAUAAAAAAGAAAAAAACUCUAUUUUUCACAAUUUAAUAAUUAUGUGGAUUGCAAAAAUUAUUUUAUUAUUAUUAAUUUUCAACACGUGUGGCGGUAAUCUAUUGUCGCAACGUAUACUAUCUCAACAUCGAACUUCUGUCGUACAGAAUCAAGUGGUGGAACUGAUGAAAUUAUGUUUUUCUGACAAAUUAAAUUCAGUAAUUGUAUCUCAAAAUUUGGAUGAUAUAAUUAAUCAGAAAUCAUGGGAUCCUUUGAAUUCAAGCGCUAUAAUAAUUAAUGACGAUUUUAAUCCGAAAAUAAUUCAGGCAUUUUAUCCUGCUUACCCCACAUACGUCUUAACCACUGAAUCACCCGAUAAACUUCGGAAAAUUUUGAAUAAAUUGAAAGAUUUACCUGUCUGGAAUGUAAUUUCUUCUUUUUUCAUUAUUGAAUCAGACGCUGCAGGAAAAAAUUGCAAAGAUUCAUCUAAAAUGCUCCAAGUACUUUGGGAAGAUGAUUUGAUUAACUCAUUCUAUGUGUGCCAGAAUAAUAGUGAAGUAUUUUUGUACACUUACAAUCCUUACACCAACCGAGCACCUGAGCCCUGGAGAAGAGUCAGAAAUGCCGAUAAUCCUGACAAAUACUGGACCCUGUUUAGACAGUCGCUAUCUGUUGAUGAAGGAAUAUGUAGCAGUCUUCAAUUUGACAAGACGAAAUUCCUCGAUGGAUAUCCAGUCAAAGCAGUGGCCCAUCCUAUUCGCAACCCAUCGCUGAGCCAGCAGAAAAAUAAGACACAACCAUUGAAAAGCAUAAAAGAUAAUGUUUCAAAUAUAAGUUAUUUAUUUUUUGAUAGUUUAUUCGAGGCGAUAAAUGCUACACCGAUAAUUAAUUUUGACGAGGCUGGUGAUUUAGUCAAUAACACAGCCGUAGGAUGUUUACAAGCAUUGAUUAACGGUACACACGAUAUCGCGUUAAAUUUACGUAUAAUAGAUGAAGAUUCUUACGAGGAUAUUGACGCUAUUAGAUUAUAUUAUCAACAAGGUUUCAUCUUAUCUACAAGAAAUUAUAAAUUUCGCUUAACAAAUCGUUUAUUAGGUGACUUAAUAUACCUAAACAAUGAAGUUAUUGUUGCUUUAGUACUAGUACUCUCAGCUACAUUUAUCAUUACGGUAUUUAGUAUAGAUAGUGUCGGUUAUCGAAACUACGUUCGAGGUUUUCUGGAUAUUUUAAGAUUGAUAUUGGGUUAUGGAAUAGAGGCACCAUUAGAGAGGGCAUCUGCGCGUAUGAUAUUCGUCGUUGUCAUUUUAGCCAUGUAUUCGAUAAUUCCGGAAUUACAGAGCCAAAUAUCCGCUAUUUUUAUAUUUCGAGGGAAAAGUCUUAUAUAGAAAAUUUCAACGAUACCCGUCAAAUACGAAAUGCACUUAGAGUCAUUUAUUAUCCUAAAGUUUUAUCAAAAGAUAUGGAAAAUUAUAUAUUAUCGCUAAAUAAAAGUGAAGAAUACAAUGAACAUUGGUUUCGUGAAAUGACAGAUAGUAACAAAUAUUGCGAUUACUAUCUUAGAAAUAGUUCUCUUUAUGUUUGCGUUGAUACUGAUGAGAAUCAAGUGGAAGCUUUGAAUAGAGGAUAUAAACGUAUGCGUGUUGUCCAAAAAACUGUUUAUGAUAAGUAUUAUUCGUACUGGACGCGACGGAAUUGGGCGCUUAAGAAUAGAAUCGAUGACGUCACUCUAAGAUUACAGGAAUCUGGUAUCAUAAACUAUUGGGAUAAACGGAUAUUGUAUGACAAACUCAAUAAACACAAAACAAUCAUAAAACCUUGGAUACUAGAGUAUAAUCAAUUGACUACUCGAUCCUUCGUUCUGCUUUAUGAGUUGGUUUAUUUCCUUCUGAUGGCUUCUCUAAUUGUUUUUAUAUUGGAAAUAAUUGUUUAUAAGUGUCAACACGAAUAUCGAAGAAUGUUGAGACGGUGGAAAAGUACUCAACUCAUUAGGAAGCCUCCUGAAGUCGAUACAGAAAUUCAAGAAAUUGAAUAAUAAUUUAUUACUAGUGUCAUUAUUAUCAAUUUUUUUGCGUUGAUUUCAAAAGUUACCAAUCAAACAGAUCAAUCAAAGUUUUUGAAUUGGAACCGAUGUUAAAAAAUUUAUAAUACCUCUCUUUUGACAUCGUUCGUGCUACAUCGUUUAUUAAAAAUAUAAUAAUCAUAAAAAUUAUUAAUCAGAAUUGAAUUCUUGUCACCGCAUGACUAAAUUAAUUGCACUCACAAAUUAUUUGACUCAACAUUCAAAUAGUAAAAUCACCGUAGAUAACAAUUUUGCCACACGUACAGUAAGGUAAAAGACCUAAUACCGGAUUAGGGAUUUAAUGCUCGAUCACUUUAUGUAUUUGUAUAUCUAUUAGGGUGCGUCAUUUCGGAGCAAAAUUUUUUUUUUUUUUUUAAGUGCAUGUGGAAAAAAUCAUAGCUCAACACAAAAAAAAAUUUACGCUCAAGAAAAAAAAUUCUAUGUCGAUUACACACUGAAAAAAAUAAUCGCUAGCUGCUAGCGAUUUUUUUCUUUAGCAGCUAGCGAUUUUUAAUCGUUAGCUGCAAGCGAUUAUUUCGCUAGCUGCCAGCGAUUUUUUCUUUAGCAGCUAGCGAUUAAAAAUCGUUAGCUGCAAGUGAUUAUUUUGCUAGCUGGAAGCGAUUUUUUCUUUAGCAGCUAGCGAUUAAAAAUCGUUAGCUGCAAGCGAUUAUUUCGCUAGCUGCUAGCGAUUUUUUCUUUAGCAGGUAGCGACUAAAAAUCGCUUGCUGGAAGCGAUUUUUUCGCUAGCUGGAAGCGAUUUUUUCUUUAGCGGGUAAGAAUUAAAAAUCGUUUGCUGGAAGCGAUUAUUUCGCUAGCUGCUAGCGAUUAAAAAUCGUUAGCUGCAAGCGAUUAUUUCGCUAGCUGCUAGCGAUUUUUUCUUUAGCAGGUAGCGACUAAAAAUCGCUUGCUGGAAGCGAUUUUUUCUUUAGCAGGUAGCGAUUAAAAAUCGCUUGCUGGGAGCGAUUUUUCCGCUAGCUGGAAGUGAUUUUUUCGCUAACACUGACUUAUCGGAUCCUUGUAUAAAAAAAAGUUAAGCAUCGGUAUAACUCGAAAUACAUUUAAGUAUAUGCACAAUCCGUAGGAUCAUUAUUAUAAGUAUCUAGUGUUUCAUUCAUAUCGAUAUAUAUAUUGUGGUAGUAGCAAUACAAUUUAGAACUAAUCACGAUACACAUGUCGCUCUCCGUUGGUGAGCGAUAAACACAAGAUUUUUUUUUCCGUGAUAGGCUAAUACAUAUUUUUGUAAGAAAUUGAACGCUCUACAAAAAAGGUUUCUUAUCAUUUUUCGAUUAAUCCAUCUAUUAAAAAGUGAUUAGAGCUCGAAGUAAAGUUUGAGAUCUUUUUACUUUUCCGGCAAAACUAUCAGACUUAUCACAAAAUGUUGUACGAUCUUUUUUGUUGACAAUUUUAUUUCCUACAAAUUAUUAACAGUAAAGUUUUUUCGAAUUCCGCAUUGUUUUCUAUUUAUUUUCAUUUUAAUUGCAAGCUCUUAAAGAAGUGGUUCUGAUCGAUCUCAAGAGCUCGACAUUAAAAUGGAAAUAACUAGAAAACAAUGCGGAAUUUGAAAAAACUUUACCGGUAAUAAUUUGUAGGAAAUAAAAUUGUCAACAAAAAAGAUCCUAUAACAUUUUGUAAUAAGAUGGAUAGUUUUGUCGGAAAAGCAAAAAGAUCUCCUACUUUACUUCGAGCUCCAAUAACUUUUGAACAGAUGGAUAUAUCGAAAAAUAAUAGGUGACCUACUUUGUAGAGCGUUCAAUUUCCUACAAAUAUAUGUAUUAGUCUAUUUCAUCUAUUGAUCAGUUAAAGAGUUAACAAUACUUAUAGCUAAAAAAAAAAUUUUUCCCAUGUUAUUUGAAUGGAAAAAUCGAAUUUUUCAAUGAGCUAAGUCUGUAAUCGACAUAGAAUUAUUUUUCUUGUGCGAAAAUUUUUUUUUUUGUGUUGAACUAUGAUUUUUUCCACAUGCACUUAAAACAAAAAAUUUUUCUCCGAAAUGACGCACCCUAAUAUCUAUAUUUAGUAAAAUUCAGUAAAUACAGACAUAGAAAUACAUGAGUGGUCGGAGACUAAUUCCCUGAUCGGGUCACGGGUAUUCUUACCCCAUAUAAAAAAAAAAAAAUCAUAAAACAUUUUGAGUAAAUUUUUAUUUAUAUUUAGUAAUUUCUAUGAUUCGUGCAUGUCAAUAACUAUAAACUGCAUUAGUGAACUUGACUGUUUGCUUAGUGAAAUUUAUUUUACAGUUUAGUAAAUUUUACUAUAAUAGAAUUAAAUUCAUUGAACUUCAAUUUAAAUUAGUCUUUUAACAUUUUAUUGUUAUUAUUGUUGUCAUUUAUGUUAUGUAAAUUAUGUUGGUGUCGAUUUAAUAAUUUGAACAUCACUUGACUCAACCGAGAUUCGAACCCAGACCUCCCGCGUGCGAAUCCUCCUCUCAGUCUGUCGCUCCGAUGUCUUCUUUGAACGAAAGUUUUUGAACUUGUAAUCCGUAUUAGUUUACUCUAUCUCUACUAAUGUUUAAUUUUAUGGACCUGCUAUGGAAAACUUACAAACCUAAUACUAUGAAAUGUAUUACUCAACGCGACGGAAUGAUUUAAUAUUUUUUUUAUAGAAAUUGCUGUUCUAUUGAUAAAUACCGAAAUUGAAUUAGUAAUCAAAAUAAUCAUAUAGCAAUUUUUCAGGUGAUCAUAUCGUAAUAAUUAGCGUUUUUUGUGAUUUUGACUCUACAUUUAGCAACAAAUAAUUAAAGUAAUGCACUUAUUGAUGUGCACUAGUAUCUCUUAAUAAAAUGAAUUAAGAGAGUGUACCAGGUGAUUUUCAAAUGAACGGUUUUCACAGGUAAAGACCCAAAUUAUUAAACAAAAUAUGUCAUUCGAUGCGUAAACUAGUAUUUAUCGAAUAAAAUGUUUUUCGUUCGGAAAUUGCAGUUUAUAUCUGAGAACGGCUCAUUUGAAAUUUCCAUUUGCUAAUGUAAGUGCAACAAGGACAGUUCCGUUCGUUCACACGUGUGUGAGAAAAAGAAUAGAUGGCAUAUCCUCUUAAAUAAUAUGAAUUUUUCGAGACUCGUUUUUUCCGUGUGCGUUCGCAAUAGAAAUGCAUUCUUCGAAUGACCGCCACCGAUAAAAUAAUCUGAUAAUUCAUACCCAUCUUAUUUAUGAUAUUCUUAUAGAAAUGUAUUUCUGUUGAAAAUAUAUUUAUAGACAUUAAAUAAUUAAAUAAUUUUCUGGUUAGAAAAAGAUAGGCCAUGUUACCGAAUUAGUACUCAAAUUAGAUUUUGACCUCUUUUGAUUGUGAGUAUUUACGAAUCUUUGGUUUCAUUUAUUUUAAAAGUAAUAAUU